AUUCCUCGCCAGUUACCGCGGCACAGACUCACCCACAGACUCACCCAUCAUUCGGGCGGAGCCCCGGUAUAAAUUCCUGCUCUGCUUCUAGAACAGCUCUCGAGCGGGACACUAAGCACACUCUUUCAUCUCCAGCGGACUCUCUGCCUUUUAUCAGCACACCCAUAAUGCCGUCUGAUCUGGAGAAUGCGAUGGAGACGCUGAUCAAAGUGUUUCACCGCUAUGCAAGCACGGAUGGAUGUAGCACGUCAUUAAAUCGCAAAGAGCUCAAAAAGCUGAUGGAGACAGAGUUGUCCAGCUUUCUGAAGUCCCAGAAGGACCCUGCUGCUGUAGACAAGAUCAUGAAGGAUUUGGACGCUAACGGCGAUGGAGAGGUGAACUUUGAAGAGUUUGUGUCUCUUGUGGUGGGCCUGUCCAUCGCCUGCGAACAGAUCUACCAGAAGCAAGUGACAGGGGCUGGGAAAAAAAAAUAAAACCUGACUGUUCUGUCAUUUUGUUCAUUGGGAUUAAAUGCCACAAGCCUUAAUUUCAAGUCGUUACUACAGUCAUGCUGCAUUUAUGUAAAGGAGGGAGUGGUUUAUCAGUGUUGUGCUCAAUGUUAUUUUCAAAUUUUGAAGUAUUACCUAUAGACACCAAAGAAAUUAUCCGCAAAUCCUGUAAGUUCCACCACACAAAUAAACACUGUUUAUACAUAG